UCUAUACUGCAUAUUUUGAUGCAAUUCUAGGAGAUGGUCUUAAAUGGUCAAGGACUAAGGACCGAUCGAUAGUCGCUACCCCCUCCACGUUCACGCUAUUCCUGUGUCGUCUGGCUUUGACAGUUGCAGGCAAAAUGGCGCUCAAGGCACUCGUCGGUCAAAAGAUUAUGAAUGAGGUUGUUCGAGCCAAACAGAAGAAAGGAAAAGAAGUAGAAUGGCGUGUCCUUGUUGUGGAUCAACUUGCAAUGCGUAUGGUGUCUUCCUGUUGCAAAAUGCAUGACAUAACUGCAGAAGGCGUCACAAUUGUGGAAGAUAUUCAUAAGAAGAGAGAACCACUACCUACAAUGGAAGGAGUAUACCUCAUCACACCUUCUGAGAGGUCUGUGCAUGCACUCAUGCAAGAUUUCAGCAGCCCAAACAGGACAAUGUACCGUGCAGCACAUGUUUAUUUUACUGAGGUGUGUCCAGAGGAACUCUUCAAUGAACUUUGCAAAUCUUGUGCUGCUAAAAAGAUUAAGACACUGAGGGAAAUCAACAUAGCUUUUCUGCCCUAUGAGUGUCAGGUGUUCUCUCUUGAUGCCCCAGAAACAUUUCAGUGCAUGUACAACCCUGCCCUAUUUAGUACACGUAAUGCCAACAUGGAACGUAUUGCUGAACAAAUUGCUACCCUAUGUGCCACUCUGGGAGAGUACCCCUCUGUUCGCUAUCGAAGUGAUUUCGACAAAAAUGUUGAGCUGGCUCAAAUGGUGCAGCAGAAGCUGGAUGCCUACAAGGCAGAUGAGCCAACGAUGGGAGAAGGCCCUGAAAAGGCGCGCUCCCAACUGUUGAUCCUUGAUCGUGGUUUUGAUUGUGUUUCUCCAAUCCUUCAUGAGUUGACAUUCCAAGCAAUGGCAUAUGAUCUUCUUCCUAUUGAAAAUGAUGUUUACAAAUAUGAAGCAACCCAAGGUCAACCUGAAAAGGAAGUUUUGCUUGACGAGAAUGAUGAGUUAUGGGUUGAGUUGCGCCAUCAACACAUUGCUAUUGUCUCCCAGAAUGUCACAAAGAACUUGAAGAAGUUUAUUGACUCAAAGCAGCGAAUGCCUACUGGUGACAAGCAAUCUAUGCGGGAUCUCUCUCAGAUGAUUAAAAAGAUGCCUCAAUACCAGAAAGAACUGAGCAAGUACUCCACUCACCUGCAUCUUGCUGAGGACUGCAUGAAAAUGUACCAAGGAGCUGUGGAUAAAUUGUGCAGAGUUGAGCAAGAUUUAGCAAUGGGCACUGAUGCCGAAGGAGAACGUAUUAAGGACCACAUGCGCAAUAUUGUGCCUAUUCUCCUUGACCAAAGUAUUUCCAACUAUGACAAGAUGCGUGUGAUUCUCCUUUAUGUUAUUUCAAAGAAUGGCAUCACUGAGGAAAAUCUGACUAAACUAGUCCAGCAUGCCCAAAUUACCAGUACCGAGAAACAGGCUAUUGUUAAUUUGGCUAAUCUUGGGCUCAAUGCAGUUGUUGAUGGAACACGAAAGAAAAUUUACAAUGUUCCUCGCAAAGAGCGUAUUACCGAACAGACUUACCAAAUGUCCCGCUGGACGCCUGUUGUAAAAGACAUCAUGGAAGAUAGCAUUGAAGAAAAACUGGAUAUUAAGCAUUUUCCUUUCUUGGCUGGGCGAGCUGUGACUGGCAACUACCAUGCUCCUACCAGCAGUGCACGUUAUGGCCAAUGGCAUCGUGAUAAGGGCCAGCAGGCUGUUAAGAAUGUUCCUCGUCUGAUUGUUUUUAUUGUUGGAGGAUGCAGUUAUUCAGAAAUUCGUAGUGCCUAUGAGGUCACAAACCAAGUCAAAAAUUGGGAAGUCAUUAUUGGGUCAUCAAACAUCAUCACUCCAGAGGAUUUCCUCAACAACCUCCAAAACCUGAGUUCAUAGGCUCUAACAGUGCUGUUUUGAAAAAAUGAUGAAAAUACCAUGAGUCAAUAUGUAUGGUUUUGACUCCUGUGUAAGAAAGCUCUACUUGCAUUGAUCUUUUUUCCCCCUUCUUUAAAAAUGAAAAUAGAUGCAUAACUUUAAAUGAUUCAA